CUGAGCCAAUGAGAAGUGCCCGCAGGCCCCGGGUUAACGUUUGGGUAUAAAAGAGGUAGAGGUGGUCCUGCCUGUCAGAUGGUUUGUUGUUGUUCUGUCUGCCAGGUUGAGAGGGGAAUGUGAAAGUGAGAAAUUUAACGAGGUAAGCGGGAAACGGGACAGCCAGAGCGACGUCCAAUCCGAUGGAGCUUCAGCAGCCGUAACUUUGUUUGACGGAGGACAAGACUUUUGUUGCACAAGCUUGUCAAGCUCAGGUUUGUUGAAGCUGUCAGUAGGGGUUAACAGUUUAAAAAGAGCCUCACGGCGUCCUGUCUUUGCAGUGGAGUGUGGAAAGUGUUCGGUGGACGGUACAAUGAGAGAAGAGGUGUCCUGCACCAACUCCCCUGAGGGAGGGCUGGGGGCCAGCGAAGAGGAACUGGAGAGAGGAUCGAAGAAGACCCUCCAACCGGGGAACCGAAAACGCUCCCCAUACCCCAAGAAGGACAGCCUCGGUCAGGCAGAGGAGAGCAGCACUGGCAGCCCCAACAGCCUGCUACCGUCUGGGCCAAAGAGGUUGAAGAAAAGCCCCUCAACGGUUGUGUCGUUGGCUCCCACGUCGCUGGGCCCCAGGCCGGACCAGCCCUUCGAGGACCUCCACUCUCAGCGCGUCAUAGCUAACGUGCGGGAGCGUCAACGCACUCAGUCUCUGAACGACGCCUUCGCCUCUCUACGCAAGAUCAUCCCCACGCUACCUUCAGACAAGCUGAGCAAGAUCCAGAUCCUGAAGCUGGCCUCGCGCUACAUCGACUUCCUCUACCAGGUGCUGCAGAGUGACGAGAUGGACGCCAAGCUGGCCAGCUGCAACUACCUGGCCCACGAAAGACUCAGCUACGCCUUCUCCGUCUGGAGGAUGGAGGGGGCCUGGGCCAUGUCCACCAGCCACUAGGACCCCCUUUCGAACUUUUCUCCUAAACCCUCUCGUGUCCACAUCUCCACCCCACCGCCUCUGUCUGUGUUUGCGCCCAUUUCCUGAUCUCUGAACCCCUGAAUUCAUGCUUUUUGGUCUGAGCUUAAUCUUUUUGUCUCAAACCUUUGUAUACAUCUCUCAUCCUGCUCAGUGUCUGUCUCCAUAACGCCUCACUCCAUUAACGACCACUAACAACCAUAGUUGGAUUUGUGCAACUAAAAACUCUCUCGCAGUUCACCCUGUUCCCCUCCAUUGUUUCCACUUCCACUGCUCUCCCUUGUCGGUCCCACAGUUUAGUCCAGUGCAACAAGACGCUCCACUGCAGCCCCUCAGAAAACCGACAAAUGGAAAAUUCACAACACUCAAAGAAGAAAUUUGUUCCUGCCUCACCAGCCAUUCCCGCUUUUUUUUUUUUUUAAUCUCUUUAAAAAGACUUUUUUUUUUUUCUUUUUCUCUGGACACGUGCACGACUCAUGACACUGAGACUGAGAUUCUUGACUGUUAACAGUUUUCACUGAGUGUUUCUGAAACACCGGUGAGGAGACACGACAGUCGAGUCAAGCGCUGAACAUUUUGAAUGAUGAAAACAAGAAGAAAACAAACAAACAGCUGGCCUGCGGUGACAAUGAAACAAAAUGGCUGCUGGUUCGAGUGCCUUUGGGUAACACCGUGAUAACCAUCAUCCACGUCGGAUGACUCACUGCCAGACAGACAUUAAGAUGACUAAUGAUAAUGGCACAGUGAUGGUUAGAGGGCGGUCACAGCCAAUGAAUGUUUACAGCUAAAAUGCUAAUAAGCUAAUCACUCUGGCUCUCAAAGCCCCAUCUUGUGGGAAAAAGAAGAGCACGAGGAAUCUGACGCAGAUCUUCUACUUUGUUGUGCUGUAGUAACUGGAUAGCUCUCUGUGUAUUUUUUUUCAGUGUCUCUGUUUGUGAACUUGGUGUAUGCACACUGUAUUACUUUAACUCUGCUCAUGCAUUAUACUUUGCUUUAAUGAAAAAUGUCCAUGGGAAUAUGACAUAAACCACUGAUCACAGUUCAGCCACUAGUCAACAUGUUUAUUUUUAACUUCAGUUUUUCUGUUAUUAGUGAGCGUAGAAGAAAGUUUUAUUUUAACAUGCGAAAUGAGUGUAUGUCUGACCAUUUCCUGCGGCUUUAAAAAUAUCUUUGCAAACUUGCUGUGACUAUUUUCAAUAAAAGAUAAAAAAGUAAAAUGUGCCAAAGUGACGAUAAAGUGAUUACAGCCACAGUGUAGAGGAUUCAUUUGUAACCUUAAGUAGUCUAAUUGCUGUUUUAUCGAGUUUCCUUUGUAUUGUUUUGCAUUUGCUUUUGAUCAAUUUUAUCGUGUCAGCUCCUGUGGACAAUAAAAUUUUUCUGGAUUCUGCA